AUGGCGAACCACGGCGCCGCCGCCAUCUUCCUGAUCUCGUCUCUCCUCGUGGCAGUCGCCCUCUCCGGGGUCGACGCGAGGCUCACCGCCGUGCGCCACAAUGCGGCGGCGGCCCUCCGCGGGGCCAAGGUCAACACGAGGCUCACCGUGCGCCGCGACGCGAAUGGAGGUUACGUGCUGGAGAAGGCUGCGCCGGUGCCGGAGCUGACCUGCAACAAGGUGCACGGGGUGCAGGCGGGCGAGACGUGCUCCUCCAUGGCGCAGGGAUCGGGGCUAAGCCAGGACGACUUCCUCGGCUUCAACCCCAACAUCAACUGCGAGAAGAUAUUCAUCGGCCAGUGGGUCUGCCUUGAAGCCACAUCCGCUUGA